GAGGGAGAAAAAGUUCCCGUUGGAGGGGAACUGGCCGGAGUGAGUUGGCUGGAAAGAGGGGGCGGAGUGCGCGAAGUCAGAGGAGCCACCGCUGCCGCCACAGUUGCCGCCACUGCCGCGUCUGGGCUAAACCGGAGGGAGGCGGAGAGUGAGCGCCAGGGGCCGCCGCGCCGUUAGGCCGCCGCGGCGAGAUGCCGCCGCUGCCCGAGCCUUGCUAACUUUCCCGGGCGGAAGAGGAGGAUGAGGAACGGGCUUUGAGCGAGUUGGGGGUGGGGGUGGGGGAUGCCGAGAAGCAGUCAGUUCCCUGCACCCAACACCUAACAGCCCUUCCUCCGUCCGCCCCGCGGGACGGCGAGCUAGGCGGCGACGCGGCGCGGCGCGGGCUCUGCGGAGUGGCCCAUGUCCGGCGCGGGUGAAGCCCUCGUUCCCGGGCCCGCGGGGCCUCAGCGCGCGGCCGAGGCAGGCGGCGGCCGUCUCUGCUCCCAGGCCCAGGAAAUAUGUGAUGAAGAAAAUACUGAGGGAGAGAGAAUUCAAGCUACCAAUAUUCACUUCACACAUGGAGAGAUGCAAGACCAGUCCAUUUGGGGGAAUCAUUCAGAUGGUGAACUCAUCAGAACCCAACCUCAGCCCUUGCCUCAGCUUCAAACUUCAGCACAGGAACCAAAUGAAGAGGAAAUAGUCAAGAUAAAAAAUGGCCACACAAGUCUGAGCAAUGGCAAUGGAAUUCACCAUGGGGUCAAACAAGUAUCUGCAGAUAAUCGAAAACUCUCAGCACCUGUUUCCCAAAAAAUGCAUAGAAAAAUUCAGUCCAGCUUGUCUGUAAACAGUGAUAUCAGUAAGAAGAGUAAAGUAAAUGCUGUCUUUUCCCAAAAGGCAGGUUCUUCUCCAGAAGAUUGUUGUGUCCACUGUAUCCUGGCAUGCUUGUUCUGUGAAUUCCUGACCCUCUGCAAUAUUGUGCUGGGACAAGCUUCCUGCGGCAUCUGCACCUCGGAGGCCUGCUGCUGCUGCUGCGGAGACGAAAUGGGCGAUGACUGUAACUGCCCUUGUGACAUGGACUGUGGCAUCAUGGAUGCCUGUUGUGAAUCAUCAGACUGUUUGGAAAUCUGUAUGGAAUGCUGUGGAAUUUGUUUUCCUUCGUAAAUAUUUAUCUUCUAUGUUAAAACUGGAGAGUAUUUUACAAGUUUUAUUUUAAGGUAGAAAAAGCACAUAGUAAGAUUCUCAUGAAGCAACCCAGUAUUUGCACUAACUCAUCAUUUUAAAUAAUCUCUGAAAGUCUUAUUCUCUAACCAAAUCCACAUGGUUUAAUAUGUGAAAUUUUAACUACUUUAAACUUCUUAACAGGUUACAAUGACUGAGGAACAUUUUGACCAAAAAAAAAAAAAGAGGUAACUAACUCUUCCUUUUUAUUCAAUAUUUCUAUUUCUUGUAACCAGUCUCUGGAGCCCUUGCUCCAAAUAGAUCAUUUCUAAGUAGGUAUUUAAGCCAGACACUUUAUUUUUGAUGUUUAUCUAUUAAUAGUUAAAAGCAUCCUUUACUUUAAAGUAAACUUUGGGAAGCAAACUCACACCAUUGUUGGGAAGCCAUUGUUGCUCUCCAUGCUCUCUUAUCUGCUUUCCCUAGUUGUUCAGUAGACAAAUUGUCUACUGGGCUUAAUCCAGUGAGGAGAUGCAUCCUGUUCACAAAGGUAUGCAGUUUAGCAGAGCAAAGGGACAUGUAAACAACGAAACAUAGCACAACGCAUAAUGAGGUGCGGUUUAUAAGAGAGAUAAACCCAAAAGAUGAUAGAAAUACACCAAAAAGAGCAGCUAAUUGUUGUCAAAACAUUCAGAAAGGCUUCAGGGUGGAUUGACAUCUGUGAUACCUUCCUUGGACAAAGAAUUCACCUGCUACUUGAAUGGGUUAUUUAAAUUUAGGUGGACAACGUGAACCAUGUGUGCUCUUCACAGUUCAAAAAAACAGGCCCUAAAUAUACUUCUUUUCAGUUAAAGGAAUAUAAUAUUUUUUAAACUAUAAAAUUUAAAUUAACUAAAAAUAUGCUUACUGUUACAGGUAAUUUAAAUGACAUGGUAAAGUUUUUGAUGAAAACAAAACACCUUGCUAAAAUAGCUAUAUUUCAUGAAGAAUGUGGAAUACUUUUGAUAAAUUGCUUCCAAAUUAGUUUUUUAUAUUACAAUCCCUAUACUCUGAUUUUCUGAUUUUGAUUUAUUCAAAGUCUUUCCUAUUUCGAGAGGUUUAAGUCUUUUUUUUUUUUUUUUUUUUUUGAGGGGGAUUGGCUGUUUGCUUUGGUUUGUUUCUUAACAAAUUUUGUACUUUGUGAACACAGUUAACCUUAAAUGCAAACCAUUCCUUCUAAUGCAGAGGAAAUCUAGACAUCUAGACAUCCACUACUGAGACCAGCUUUCAAUAUCACAAUUUUAUGUUAAAUUAAACCAGUAUGGCAGAUACUAAAAAUCCUUGAGUGUAAAGAAGCCAAUUACUCAUUAUAUAGUUCUUGACACAUAGAGGCUUUUUGUAGUUCAGAUGGAAGGUAGAGUAAAUUUUCAUGCUAUGUGCUCUCCAAAAUAGUAGUUUGGUUUGAUGUAAUUCCUUGCAGAAGUUUUGAAAGUACACUUUUGAAUUAAUGUUUAUUUUCAGUUCUGACUGAACAUCAGAUUGAUAGCAGAAAGCCAUAUUUUUAGGAAGCCUCUAGUAAAUCUAGCUUUUUAAGAGAGGUUUUGUACCUAAAGCAUGGAAAUGCCACCUGUGGGUUUUCCUUUGAAAUGAAGCUAGUUUCUACUUAUAUCAUCACUUAAAGGGCUUAAAAACGAAAAACUUAGCAAAACUCUUAAAUCCCCCUCUCAGUGCUAUUUAUACAUACAAAAUAACUUUAAAUUGUUGGGUUUAAAUAGGAUUCUAGUAAAUGGCUGCCUAUUUCUUCCUCUUCUAAAGACUCUUUCAUUUAUUACAUUAAACAUAAGCAAAGCUUUUUAUUAUUUCAUAGUAACCAGAAUCUGAAUAUUUACAUAUACCCAAAUUUAACUUUGCUUAUGUUUUAGGAUAUAAGAGUGUGAUCUGUUAAUAGACAUAUAAAAUCUUUUAAUGAUCUGGAAUUGUUAGAAUAUUUCAUUUUUUAUCCUGUAAGAUUUUUCAACCAAGUGGUUUGUGUCCUUAUUUAAAUAUAUCCUGCUACUAUUUGCCAUGAAAAUGUUAGCACUUUUGAAAUAAUGUUUCCCUGUAACAGAGAACAUUAGUGAAUAGUGGAAUUUUAUUUUCAUAUUUACAUUCACAGUACUUUUCCUCUAUUAUCUACUCCAAUCAUUUCAUAAAGCACCUUUUAUAAUUUAAAAAAUGCAAAAAGUAAAAGUAGGCAAAUGUGAAAUGGUUUCAAUAUAUUUUAGAAUUUCUGUAUGUAAAAUGUAUCAUUGAAUUAUAUGGCCUUCAUGAUUAAGUGCUAUAGUUUGCAGUUAUAGAUUUGGCCUCUUUUUAAAUGCAGAAACUUAAUCUUAAACAUUUUAAAACAGGACCAGUAUUAGUGUCUUUUGAAAUUUUAAAAAAUGCCUUCUGUAUUGUGCUUUAGAAUAAUUUUGUAUCUAAUUGAUACAUUAAUUGAUUUAAAUUUGAAUGAAUUCAACUGUAAUUUAAAACCUGAGCCUUUUCUUUAUCCUGUUACAUUCCUUUCUGAAUAUUUCCUAGUAUUUUUAUGUAACUGAUGUGACUCAUGCCCAUAAAUUAACUAUGAAAGAUACAGAUCAGUUUAUACUCUAAAUAAUAGUUGAUGUUUGACCUCAAAACAUAACAUUCUUUAAAAAAUUCACAAUAGAUAAAAAUAUAAUUUUUGUGCAGUUUGGUCAUCUAUUUAUGAUUGUUUUCAUUUAUGGUGAAAUUAUCUCUCAUCUUAUAAAAACAAAUGCAAUUUUCAUAUAUUCUUAUAUUAAACACCAAGUUAAAAAUCUUUAAAAAUUUAUGAUUGGUUUUAAUGAUUUCAUGAAAAUCAUACAAAAGUAAAUUACCAGGAGAAUUUCCUUCUGGAGUCUUUAGUACCACAAUUUUUAGUAGGAAAUGUUUUAUUAUUAUUGUUUAACUAAAACCAUGCAGUAUGACUUCAUUAAGGAGAAGGCUUUUUAAUCACAGAAAAUAAUACUUUUUUUUACUCUUACAAUCUAUCCGUUUCCUCAUCUGAAGUAGUCAAUGUGAUCUGAGUGGUUCAAGAAGUAACCAAGGCAAUCUUAUGUAAUAACUUUCCAUUCUUCAUCCAUACUCACUCUAUCAAUGCCCUAGAUUCUGAUAUUAUAAACGUCAAAUGUCACUGCCUAACAUAAAUAAGGCUUGAGUCAAGAGACUCUGUGGCUUGCUUUCUUGAAUUCUAGUUUAAAUGCUUGGAUUUACCCAACUGCCUAAUUAAUAAGUUUAUUUAUUAAUAAGAUUAUUUCUCGUAUUAUUCAAGAACUUCAUGCCCCUUUUAAUGACUUGUAAUUUGUUGGUCUGUUAGAUUGCUACAUCUAAUCUGACAAACGAGAUAAAAUUUUAUCAAAUAUUUUAUCCAUUUUUCUCUUCUUUUUACACUAAUAGAGUAGAGCAUGACAUUUUUGUUUUAAACAGCGGUUAACAUAUUGACAGGGUUUACACCACACUGGUUAUUUAUAUGUUUUAACCAAGGAUUGGGUAUGCCAAAGAAGUCCUUCUAACUCUUCAUCUCCAUGCUCCCCUAUAACCAGUACAUUUAUAGUGAGUGUUUUCUCUGUGCUUGUAUCAUUGUUGUGCAUCUCAAGGGAGGCACGUAACCCUAAGGAACUUUCAAUCCAGCAAAGUUGUUUGGCAUCCUCCGUGAGAAAACUGUUAAUUCCAGUCGUAGGCUAUUAAUAUUUGCUGGCCUGUAUAUUACUUUUAGAGGUUUUGGUUAAUAAAAGGGGUUGUAGAGAGGGGAUAACAUUGUGAUGCAGCCCUAAUGUGGAGGGCAUUUUUUGCAAAAACUCACUGUGACUAAAUUCACCAUAUAUUUUCACAUUGCAAAAUUCCCAAUAAACGAUGAUUCCUACCUCUA